AUGUCGUGGACGACAAACCCCACUGCCCAACGGGAAGACAUGGACGCCUGGCUCAGAGGCAUUACAGACUGCCUCACACCAAAGACAAUUGAACUGUUAUUAUUCUUAAUAAUAAUCAUAAUUCUGAGAAGAUUCCUGACACAUGAUUCAAGCCAAAACCAAAGCCAUGUGGAACUAACCAAAAUAACCUGUUCCCUAAGCAAUGCCUUCACAGCCCAGCUAAAGCUAAGCCACCAGCACGUCACCCACCUUCAGGAGGAGCUGACACGUGCCCAAAGCCGCAUAGACAAGCUGGAAGUGAAAGUCCAGGACGACCUCAAGACCACCGAGUUCCUGAGAGAGCUGACCCACACUCAACACUGCAAAGACCAGCUCAAAGCGUCCGAAGAAGCGGAGCAUGAAACAAAGACCCAAGUUGACAAGCUCCAAGAAGCCCUUGCAGUCACUGAACGUGACAAACAAGAGUUAAAGACUGUCCAGAAGCACCUGGAAAACCAACUCCAGUCUGCUGAACAUCAGCUAGAGAAAGCCAAAGCUGACAUUGAAAGUAAGAACUCUAAACUCACUGCUCUGGAAGACCACCUGCGAAGGUGCAGCGUUGAAAUUGACCAUCUGAUCCAACAGCGAGACGACGCCAACGACGAGCUCUACGCGGUCAGAGAUGAACUCCAACAUGUCUUUACACAGAAACCAGAGCCAAGAAGGGAGAGACCUCCCUCAGCAUCAUCACUGCUGAGCAGAACAGAGUCCUCCAUCCAAGAACUGUCAUCCUACGGAAGAAGUGAAUGGCCACACCCCAAAACGUCACCGGCCUUCACCACAGAACUCUUCCCUGCCAACCAACAAAGAGAGAUCAUCCAGCCAGACUCUAAAGCUGCAACUGGAAUGACCUUCAAAGAUCUCAACCAGCUGGCUAAGAACAUCACCCAGUUCGACCCGAACUCCACGGAGGGCCACUGCAUCCAGGCCUACCUCCAAGAUAUCGACUUCCUCCUAGAGGUGAGACCCCAUAUGACUGACAGAGACAUUCUAUACCUCCUCAGAUCCACAUCCAGUCAAGAGGUACGAAGCGUCCUAGACCGACAACCUGCUCAUGUCAAGUCAAACUACCAGCUGCUACGUGAGAUCCUGAUUAAAGAAUUUACAAGUCCAGAGUCAGAACAUGGUGUGUUAGUCGCCUUGGAAACCAGACAAGGUCGUCAAGAGACUCCCCAAGCCUAUUAUCACCGUUUCCGACAAGCCUACUUCGGUGCACAUAGCAAACCUGAAUCUGAAGAGGAUCUGAACUUCAAAACCCUCUUCCUGAGAAACCUGCAUCCAGGACUGAGUCGUCAUCUCGGCAUCAUGGCCUGCCCAGUCACCAUGACGCUUCAACAGCUACGUGACCUGACACACAAGGCCUACAUCAAACAAAAGAUGACUUCAAAGAAAGGUUUGAAAACAUCCACAGUGUCAAACUCCAGCAGCCAAGACACAAGCCUUGCACUGGAAGACACCCAGUGGCAUGACAACGCCACAGUCCUUCAUCAGGAGCACAGAGAAUGCUACUCCCAUGCCGAUGACAGCUACCACUCCAACCACGUGGAAAAGUCAUGGGACCCACCAGAAGGAAACAACUGGAAUCAACGAGUGCAUCCAAAAGCAUUCUAUGUGGGUAAAAUCCCUUUUGCCCCAUAAGGGUCAAGGUUACAAUAUAAGGAUUGACGCA